AUGUCUGCAAUGCGAAAUUGUUUUCCUGGUUUUUUGACUAGUCCGAUUCAAUUAGUUGACGUCGUUUUUCGAAAUAUCGUUCUAUCAUGUGAUUUCCGCAACACAAUAUGUGCAACAACCAACACGGUCUGCUCUUCGAAACUACUAACAACGUAUUGUUAUCCCUCGUUAAAAAUUUAG